UGCCUCCGGUGAACACUCGUCGUCAGCCAUGUUGUUGGUGUGACACACGGAGCUGUCAGCAACAGGUUCCCAGAGUUUACCAGCGUGGGUGAAACUCACCAGCCUCGACUCUCCGUGGACAAUAACCCCGACAGCGUGUUCGAGAAAGCGUCCUGAAGUGUUGGGGGAUACUUUUGAGGCGACUCGGAAGUUGGUGUUUUCUCUGGUUUGACCGUUGGAGAGAAAGAUGCCCAUGAGCGGUAGCUGAGGACACCAUUGGGAGUCCCCCCCUGCAAAUAUGAAUGGUGGUUCUGCUGUUUGGGCGAUCUCCCCAGAGGAGAGGGACAAACAUGACCAGAAGUUCGACACGCUCUCCCCGUCGAUGGGAAUCAUCUCAGGAGAACAAGCAAGAAAGUUCUUCCUCCAGUCAGGUCUCCCUCCCUCUGUACUGGCUGAGAUUUGGGCUCUGGCUGACUUGAAUCGGGAUGGGAAGAUGGACAGAUUGGAGUUUUCCAUCGCUAUGAAGCUCAUAAAGCUCAAACUUCAGGGCACACAGCUUCCAUCAACGCUGCCAAUCAUCAUGAAGCAGCCUCCAGUGUCGGCUCCCGCCUCAGCCAUGCCCAACCCGGCCUACGGUCUUGGUUCUGUGCCCAUGAUGGGAGGAUCAAACUUCGCCAUGUUGACCCCUCUCUCCAUGGCAUCCCCUGGACUCUCACCUUUGACACCAAUGACCGGCCUCAGCCCGAUGGUUCCUACGUCAGCAGGGAUGAACCCACUAAUCGCCUCCACCGCUACCAGGCCUCUGAUGCCCACGGUGGGGAACGCAGGACUGCCCAACGGCACCAUGGGAAUGCUCCAGCCAAUGCUUGCUGGAGGUUUGAACACUGGCUUGCCUCUUGGUGGAGCUUCCUAUGCCUCUCCAGGUGGACUCUCCUCUUCUCUGCUGGAUCUGGGAUCUGGAAGUGACUGGGCUGUGCCGCAUCCCUCCAGACUGAAGUACAGGCAGCACUUCAACAUCUUGGAUACACAGAUGGUUGGAUACCUUACAGGUCAACAGGUGAGAAGCGCCAUGGCAACUACGAUGCUGACACAGACGCAACUGGCCUCCAUCUGGACCUUGUCUGAUGUGAAUAAGGAUGGAAAGCUGAACGCGGAGGAGUUUGUUCUGGCUAUGCAUCUUGUCGACAUGGCAAAGAGCGGACAACCGCUGCCACUCACCCUGCCGACCGAGUUGGUACCGCCCUCACAGAGGAGUGCAAUGAAUGGCUCCAGCUCUAAUCUCUAUUCGGCGAUGAUUGACGACCUCGAUGCAGAACCGCCACAGAAACCCAAAACUAACCUGUCGUUUGAGGACAAGUUCAAAGCCAACAUAGAGCAGGGGAAUGCCGAGCUGGAGAAAAGACGACUGGCUCUGCUGGAGGCGGAGAGGAAGGAGCAGGAGAGGCGCGCUCAGAAAGAACGGGAGGAGCGCGAGAGGAAGGAGAGGGAGGCCCGCGAGGCGGAGGAGCGAAGGAGGAAGGAAGAGGAGCAAAGGCUGGAGCGACAGAGGGAACUGGAGAGACAGAGGGAGGAGGAGAGGCAGAGAGAGAUAGAGAGAAAAGAGGCGGCGCAGCGGGAGCUCGAGCGACAGAGGAAGGAGGAGCUUGAGAGGAGGAAGCGCGGCGAGCUAAAGAUGAAGAAGGAGCAGGAGCAGGAUGAGAUCAUCAAGCUGAAGGCCAAGAAGAGGAAUCUGGAGAUGGAGCUGGAAGCAGUGGGUAACAAACAGCGUCAGAUUUCUGACCGACUGCGGGACAUUCAGAACAACAAGAAACUCCAGAGGUCAGAGUUCGAUCUUCUAGAUCAGAAGAAAGACACACGGCAGCAGGAUCUGAACACACUGCAAAGACAGAUAGAGGAUUUUCAGAGGAAGUUGUCUCAGCUGACUCCAGAGAAGAAACGACUGGCAGAAAAACUCCAGAAUAUGUCUCUGAAUAACCUGCCUGCUUCAACCACGUCCAACCUAAAGAUGAGAGUCACAGAUAAAAGAGGGACAUGCAUGAAACUGAGAGACCAGCUGGAAGCUCUGGAGAGAGAAACGGCUGCCAAGCUGGCUCAGAUGGACCAGUACAACAAAGACAUGCAGGAUCUGAAGGAAAGCCAGAGAAACCAGCAGGUGGCUCUGGAGAAACUGCGCAGCGUCAAAGAGGAAAAGCGGCGCGAGUUGAUCCGAAGGAAGGAGCAGGAGGAGGAGAGGAAGCGACAAGAGGAGGAAACUCAAAGGCGAAUUAAACUGGAAAAGGAGCGCCAGUGGCAGGAGAAGCUGAAGAGGGAUGAAGAAGAACGUCAGAGGAGACUUGAGGAAGAAAGGGAGGCCAAAAAGAGGGAGGAAGAGGAGAGGGAGAGACAGGCUCUCCUCCAGGCUGCCAGGGAGCAGGCGGAGCGAGAGCUGAGAGCGAAGGAAGAGGCCGAACGGAAAAGGAGAGAAGAGGAGGAGAGGAAGAAAAGAGAAGAGGAGGAGCACCUGAGGCAGAUAGAGAGACGCAGGCAAGAGGAGGAGAGGAGGAAGUUAGAGGAGGAGAGGAGGAAACUAGAAGAAGAGAGAAAGCAGCUGGAGCAGGAGAGGAGGCAGGAAGAAAAGAGGAGAAAAGAAGAGGAGGAGAGGAAACGCAAGGAAGAGGAGGAACGAAGGAAGAGGGAGGAGGAUAAGAGGAGGCUGGAGGAGGCAAAGAAAGAGGAUGAGCGCCGGAGGGACAGGGAGGAAGAGCAGAGAAGGAGACAACGAGCAGCGGAGGCGGCGCUUCGAGACGCUGACGAGAGGAGAAAGAGAGAGCAGGAGGAGAAACGGAGGGAAGAAGAGGACAAGAGGAAGCUAGAGGAAGAGAGGAGAAGACUUCAACAGGAGGAAGACAGGAAGCGAAAGGAGGAAGAGGAGAGGAGAAAAGCGGAGCUGGAGGAGAAGAAGAAGAGGGAGGAGGGAUCCCGUAAGCAGCAGCCGAACGGAGGGAAGGUGGAUAUCCAGGAGAAGCUGACGUCUCUGCUGAGAGGCCUGGAGGAGAGAAAGGGUGGACAGCCGAAGGCCGCACAGCACAGGAAGUCUGCUGCCCUCACAUCAUACAAAGCACUUUACCCGUUCACCGCACGCAACAACGAAGAGCUCAGCUUUGAAGCUGACGACAUCAUCGAGGUGGACGAGACGACGGAGAAAGAGGAAGGCUGGCUGUACGGCAGCAAACAGGGGAAGAUGGGAUAUUUCCCAGAGAGCUACGUUGAAAAGGUCGGCCCGUCGGAUUCAGCUAAACUUGCCGCUGCCGCUCCUCAAGUGUCGAUCCAGGCACAGCUUUCCAACGCGCUGGAAGCUGCAAAGGGAUCAGGCACAAAGUCUGCCUUCACCCCGACGCAGUCUCCUCACCCAGCUCCUUCUGAGACGCACGGACAGCCGGUGGUGGGAAACGUUUUGGCUCAGGCGCUCUGCUCCUGGACGGCAAAGACAGACAACCACCUGAACUUCAACAAGGACGAUGUGAUUCAUGUGUUGGAGCAGCAGGAGAACUGGUGGCUGGGGGAGCUGAACGGCGAAAAGGGCUGGUUCCCCAAAACCUACGUGACAGUCCUGGGAGAAGAGGAUGGGUCAGAACCCAAGAGCUCUACCUCAGAUACAGUUGACACCCUUCAGCUUGAAGAGUAUGUGGCGCUGUACACGUACGAAUCUCCAGAGCCCGGUGAUUUAACGUUCUCAGAGGGCGACGUAAUCCUGGUGAGCCAGCGAGAAGGAGAGUGGUGGCGCGGUUCGACGGGCGAACACACGGGCGCCUUCCCCAGCAACUAUGUCAAACCCAAAGAGGCUGACACAUCAAGUGUAUCUGGAAAGAAAAAGCAAGAGAUCGCUCAGGUGACCAAAGCCUACAGCUCUGCUGGCCCGGAGCAGCUGAGUCUGGAAAGUGGUCAGCUUAUCCUCAUUUUCAGCAAGAACCCGUCUGGUUGGUGGCUCGGCGAACUUCAGGCGCGCGGCAAGAGACGUCAGAAAGGCUGGUUCCCUUCCGCUCAUGUCAAAAUAUUGGGCUCCAACAGCGGAAAAUCCACUCCUGCUCAGCAGCCUGUCUGCCAAGUGAUCGCCAUAUAUGACUACACAGCGGCCAACCAGGACGAGCUGAGCUUCUCUAAAGGACAACUGAUCAAUGUUUUAGACAAGAGCAACCCCGACUGGUGGAGGGGAGAGGUUAAUGGCGUCACCGGCUUGUUCCCCUUCAAUUACGUCCAGAUGACCACGGACAAUGAGCCCAGUCAAAAAUGGUGUUCAGACCCAACCAGCCUGGACUCUCUCAGCCCCCAGGAGAAGAAGAGGCAGGGCUACAUCCACGAACUGAUCGAGGCGGAGGAGAGAUAUGUGGAGGACCUGCAGGUUGUACUGGAUGUUUUCUACAAGCCGAUGUCUGAGUCGCGGCGGCUGAAUGAGGCAGAGAUGGCCAUGAUCUUCGUGAACUGGAGGGAGCUUCUGGCCUGCAACAGUAAACUUGUGAAGGCUCUCCAUGGUCGGAAGAAAAUCACGGGGGACAACAUGCCGGUUCAGAAGAUCGGAGACAUCCUGGCCUCUGAAUUGUCCCACAUGCAGCCCUACAUCAGCUUCUGUUCGUCCCAGUUCAACGGUGCCGCGCUGCUCCAGACCCGCACCGACAACGAGCCAGAAUUCAAGGCGUUCCUCAAGAAAAUCGCGACAGACUACAGGUGUAAAGGGAUGCCGCUGUCCAGCUUCCUGCUGAAGCCGAUGCAGCGGAUCACUCGCUACCCGCUGCACAUUAAAAACAUCCUGGAGUGCACAGCAGAGGGCCAUCCUGACCGUGGCCACCUGAAAGAGGCUCUGGAGAAAGCGGAGGAACUCUGUCAGCAGGUGAACGAAGGCGUCAGGGAGAAGGAGAACUCCGACAGGCUGGAGUGGAUCCAGAACCACGUACAAUGUGACGGCGUUAUGGAGCAUUUGGUGUUUAACUCUCUGACAAACUGUUUGGGCCCCAGAAAACUGCUGCACAGCGGAAAGAUGUACAAGGCAAAAAGCAACAAGGAGCUCUGGGCUUUCCUUUUCAACGACUUCCUGCUUUUAACUCAUGCUGCCAAACAGUUCACCUCUUCUGGGCCUGACAAGCUGUUCAGCAAGAGGAACCACGUCCAGCUCAAGAUGUACAAACCACCUGUUCUUCUGAACGAGGUUCUGGUGAAGCUUCCGGAUCCCUCCAGCGACGAGCCCAUCUUCCACAUCUCCCACAUCGACAAAGUCUACAUGCUGCGGACCGACAACAUCAACGAGCGGACUUCCUGGGUUCAGAAGAUAAAAGUGGCUUCUGAGGAGUUCAUCGAGACUGAGAAGAGGAAGAGGGAAAGGGUUUAUCAAGCUCGUUCUAUAAAGGGCACUGGCAUCGGCAGACUCCUCGUCACCAUCCUGGAAGCCACCGAGCUCAAAGCAGCAAAACCCAACGGUAAAAGCAACCCGUACUGCGAGGUGACCAUGGGCGCUCAGACGUUCACGUCCAGGACGAUCAACGACACCCUGAACCCAAAAUGGAGCUUCAACUGUCAGUUCCACAUCAGAGAUCUCUACCAAGACGUCCUCUGCAUCACUAUCUCUGAAAGAGACCAGUUUUCACCAGAUGGGUUCCUUGGGCGGACGGAGGUUCCUGUGGCAACCAUCAAGAAGGAGCUGGAGAACAAGGGACCGGUGAAUCGGCGUCUUCUUCUGCACGAAGUCCCGACCGGGGAGGUGUGGGUCCGACUCGACCUGCAGCUCUUCAAAUAGCAGAGGGACGCAAAGGAGAACUGUCCUUCUCAGAAACUUACCAAAGACGACAAGAAGCAGAAAAGCCCUGGACUGGUUCCUGUACAACGCCUUAAAAAUGCAAAACUAACCUGAACUAAUACCUCUGACGCUGCCGCCCAGUCCUCUGGAUCAGCCAUCAUCUGCAUCCAGGAGUGUUUGUUUCUACUUUACUUACUUGAUUAAGGAAAGCAAGAGUUUCUAUCCAACAAAUGCUUCUUAAUCAGAGGACAACCUUUUGUUUUAUUUUUUUAAACGGUUAAAUCAGUGAAAUUACCCGUCAUUUUUUUACUUCUCUGUUGCAAAAGUCGGGUUUUAUUCUCCCUUUGCCAAAUCUUCUCAUCCGAUUCCAGCCAUUGAGUUCAUGAUCAAGUGGUUUUAUUCCAGCUGUCAGGACACUAGUAUGUUAAAGUGUUAAUAUUUAUUUUUUUUGCGACUCACGCUGUUUGACUCGUUUUCAUCACAAGCGUCACAAACGAUGGACGACAGAUGACGGACGGCAGCGUGAAGCGCCUCCGACAGCGGGACGAGAAAUUUCAGAUUGUUGCUGUCUUCUGCGCUGGGUUUACUGAAGUAGGCAGAAGAUCUCCGGACUCGAUGGUUUGAGUUCAUUUCCUGUUUUCUGGUGUGUUUAUGUCAAUAUACGUGUGAAGUUUAAGGAUUCCCAAGUGGGGAGAAGUUGAUGAAACGAUGAUGGAGGCUUUGAUUUCUGCAGUUAAUUUAGAGAAAUAUCACGUUAAGACUUAAAUUGUUCAGAUAAGUCAGUCUUCUUUGCUUUUUUUCAAUCAAAGCCAAAUAACUUUAAUGAAUUCAUAAGACGCCGACCUCUUCCUGUGUUACUCUUACAGACUCAGGAUUUAAGGAGGAUAACAUUUGAAGGCGGCACAAACUAAUUAUUACUAGUUGAUCCUUUUGCUCCUGUUUAAACGUCUGUGGCUUCAGGAGUUAAAUUCAGCAAAUGCAGCAUUAUAUCCUGGUCAGGUUCCCAGACUGAAAACUUCUAUAGUCUAUGGAAGCCCUGUAGGGUCAUUUGUGUGUUUUUAGGGCUCUGACCAAAUUUAUCUUCUCAUUAUCAGCCAGUGGGGAAAAAAUUGUUUUGGUUGCAAUAUUUUUUAUUAAUUUUCUUUUUAGAAAAUAAAUUAUAAUUUAUUUUUAUAGCUAUUCUAAUUUUUAGAAUAUAUAUUUAUAGAAUAUUCUAUAAAUAUUCUAUAAAUAUACCAUUCUUAUUGUUGCUAAUAAAUGUAAAUUUCAAUUUGAAUGAAUCACAAAUGGGGAUAAUUAAUACUCGUAUUAUUAAUGAGUGGAAGCUUAUUCUUACCAUAAUUAAUACUAGUAAUAUUGGCAUUAAUGUAUUAUUACUAUUAUUGAGGAUAACUGAUCCUGUUUACAUAAUCAGUGAUAACUUUGUACAUUCUUACUGAUGGGAUAAAAUGCCGAUAAUAAUGAUAUAAUAAUACAUUCUGUAAAAGCAAAUAAAGAAUAUAAAAAUUAAUCAGCUAUUAAAAAAAGGAGAGAAAUUGUAUUAAAGUCAAACACAAAAGGAAAAAUGAAACUUGCCCAGACAUAAUUAUUAUUUGCUUUGUUUUCCCUUUUGACCAAAACUCACUUUUUUAUUUCAUUCAAAUUAAAAGAGAAUAUAAAAAUAUUUCCUUUCAUAAAUACUUUUCUUAUUUGCUCAUAACUCAUAAAGUUAGAUGGAAAAAAAAAUCAAUUAAAAUAAAAUAAAUUUAUCCCCCUUCAGGUCUUCCAUACAUUUGCCUUAUUUUCUCCUGAAUACAAACAGACUUUAUAUUUAUUUCUUUAUUUAUGUGUGUGACUAUCUGGAGGCCUUUUCUGCACCGUCAGCUGGUUUAAGUCGAGGUGUUAACUGGUAGAAGUCUGACCUGCUGCAUGUUCUUUCAGUUUCGUCCCGUCCAGUCGGUUUGUUUUAAAGUGUCGUAUUAACAAAUGUUUUUCGGACUCCUAGAAAAUGUGUUACAUGACGUGAUUAUGUCUUAUCUGUAUAUUGGUGGUGAAGUUGCCCAGAGUUUUAGUUUUUAUUUUCUGUUUAGUCUGCGAUGGCUGCCGCAGUGCCUCACGAACAGUGUUUUGGCCUUCACGUGACACUGAAUCAGGUUUUUAGAAGGCAGAAUAAAGACAUUAAAGCUGAUAAAACCGUG